AUGCCCGGUCGGCCGCCGCUCACGCGAGAGGUCCAAGUAUCAAAAAAGCUCUCUUGGCUCCUUCGCCACGGCGCCGAAAAGGAAGGCCUCCAACUUCAAUCUGGUGGCUUCCUCAACGUUCGCGACGUCCUCCAAAAUCGGAACAUCAAAUCUUUCAAGGUGACUCUCGACGAACUCCGGACGAUAGUCGAGGAGAAUGACAAGAAACGCUUUACCUUAAUGCCUGUGGGGGCUGCAGAAGUCGGCGGAGAAGCUCAGAACGAAGCAGCCAAGGUAGCGUCAGAUAAGCCACAGGAGUGGCUGAUUAGAGCGAAUCAGGGACAUAGUGUUGAGGUUGAGGAUGAGGGUCUAUUGCAACCGAUUACUGCUGAGAAUGUACCUGAGGUAGCUGUGCAUGGGACUACGCAUGCUGCUUGGCUUCUCAUCGUAGCUACAGGAGGACUGAAAUCGAUGACGAGGAACCAUGUCCACUUCGCGAAAGGACUACCAGCUGGCUUCAAGUCUGUCAUCGAGGGAGACGUGAACGCGGUAGAUGCGGCAGAAGCAGCACCAGUCAUUUCUGGAAUGCGGAAAUCGUCUACUGUGCUGAUGUUUCUGGAGGUGGCGAAGGCUAUGGAGGCAGGCCUGAAGUUGGCUGUGAGCGACAAUGGCGUGGUCUUGACAAAAGGCAACGCUGAAGGGCUGGUGCCGCUGAAAUUGUUCAAACGGGUUGAAGACAGGACCGGAGAGGGCGUGCUGCUUGAGGAUGGCAAAGUGGUCAAGGAGGCACCAGCAACUUGGGCUGGAAAGAGUAAAGGCAAAGGUUGA